GCGUAGAGAGAAAUUGAAUUUGUUUCGGACGUGGAGUGGGAUUGCUUUAGUCGUUAUAAAUUAUAAUUGUUCUGGUCAUUUGUGAGAACGUUGUUAAGUUGGAUUAAUUCAAGCUUUAAUUAAUUUGCUUUAUAAAAUAAAAAAGUUCUUUCACAAUUGUACAUUGUUGAAUAUACUUUAGCACGAAUUCCAAAUUACAUUCAGUAUUCAUAAAACUCAACUUGUUUGCAAUAGUUUUAUCAGAAGAAGUCAUAUACUAAUAAAAAUGGCAGGACCACUUCCACUGCUUUCGGAGGAACCGGCUUACCAAAAGCUACAACAGUUUUAUAAUGCUCAUGGAAAAGACAUUAAUAUGAAGGAACUUUUCGCCCGAGAUACGAAUCGUUUCAAGAAGUAUAGUUUGCGUCUUAAGACCCCUAAUGAUGGUGAGAUAUUGAUUGAUUAUUCAAAGAACCGCAUUACGGAAGACGUAUGGCCCCUACUACUUGACUUAGCAAAAGCUCGCAAUGUAACUGCGGCGCGUGAUGCCAUGUUCUCUGGCCAAGCCAUCAAUAUUACAGAAAAUCGCGCUGUACUUCAUGUAGCGCUACGCAAUCGUGGAAAUGAUGCAAUCCUUGUCGAUUGUAACGAUGUUAUGCCGUUAGUGCGCGCUGAAUUGUCACAUAUGAAAGAGUUCACUAAUCAAGUUAUAUCAGGCGUAUGGCGCGGAUGUACCGGCAAACAAAUAACCGAUGUGGUUAACAUUGGUAUCGGUGGCUCUGAUUUGGGUCCAUUGAUGGUGACGGAAGCACUUAAACCUUACUGCAAGGGCUUACACUCUCAUUUCGUUUCGAAUAUUGAUGGUACACACUUGGCGGAAGUGUUAAAACGUGUUAACUAUGAAACUACAUUGUUUAUUGUUGCUUCAAAAACAUUUACCACCCAAGAGACAAUAACUAAUGCCACAUCGGCAAAGAACUGGCUACUGGAGCACGCUAAAGACCCUGCUGCUGUUGCUAAGCAUUUUGUUGCAUUGUCUACAAACAAGGAAAAGGUAACUGCUUUUGGCAUUGACAGUAAAAAUAUGUUUGGAUUCUGGGAUUGGGUUGGUGGACGUUACUCACUUUGGUCUGCCAUUGGUUUGUCCAUAUGUCUGUCGAUAGGCUUUGAGAAUUUCGAGCAAUUACUCGAAGGAGCCCAUUUCUUGGAUAAUCAUUUUAGGACUGCGCCUUUGGAGCAAAAUGCACCAGUUAUACUUGCACUGUUGGGUAUCUGGUAUUCGAAUUUCUUCAACGCCGAGACACAUGCCUUGCUCCCUUACGACCAAUAUUUGCAUCGCUUUGCUGCAUACUUCCAGCAAGGCGAUAUGGAAAGCAACGGAAAAUUCGUAACCAAGACCGAUUCAAAGGUUGUCAAUUACAGUACCGGCCCAAUCGUUUGGGGUGAACCAGGCACCAAUGGCCAGCAUGCCUUCUAUCAACUGAUUCAUCAGGGAACUCGACUAAUACCCUGUGAUUUCAUUGCGCCAGCUCAGACACAAAACCCAAUCGCUGGCGGAGCACAUCACAAAAUAUUAUUGGCAAACUUUUUGGCACAGACUGAGGCGUUAAUGCAAGGCAAAACAACGCAACAAGCGCGUAUUGAGCUGGAGGCAGCGGGCUUGUCUGGCGAGAAACUCGAAGCACUAUUGCCACAUAAGACGUUUACUGGUAAUCGCCCAACAAACUCAAUUGUUGUAAAGAAAGUCACACCGUUCAUCUUGGGCGUCCUUAUUGCUUUAUAUGAACACAAAAUAUUUACCCAAGGAACAAUCUGGGAUAUCAAUUCUUUCGACCAGUGGGGCGUAGAAUUGGGUAAACAAUUAGCUAAAGCCAUUGAACCAGAAUUGGCCACGCCAAAUGAAGUAACUACACACGAUGCGUCCACCAACGGUCUCAUCAACUUCCUAAAAGCAAACUGGUAAACUAGAUUGUGGGCGAUUUCAAAAUGAACCACAUUAAACCUUUUCCAGCGGAAGAAAAAUAGACCCAAAGCAUUUAGGAGCGUAAAAUUCUUGAAAAAAACAACUAUGAGAUUACACAUAAAAAAUUCUGUUAAACUGAAAUAGAGCACUGCAGCUUGAAAUAUGGUUUUCACCAGUAUGCUUAAUAACAUUGAUUCAAAUUCACUAAAAUCUCAAUUUGUAUUUGUUAUUCUACAAAAUGCUUAUAAUUGUGAAUGCAUAGGAAAUUUAGAUUCGUUUACAAACGCGAUGAUGUGGAUGUCGAAACGAAGAUACUUAGAAAUUGCUGUUAGACACAUUCAGCCUAUUAGUAAAGUUAUAUUCACGUUUAGUUAAGGUUUUACCAUCUGCUGUUGAAUGAUUAUUAUUAUUAUUAAUGUCAUAUAGGACUCACGUAGUAUCCUGACAAAAAGCUAUUAGUAACUGUUGUAUUCUAUGUAUAUCAAAAUAAAAAUAAAUUUGAUGUUAGCUGGAAAUACAUUCUUUCUCGCAGUAUA